AUGCGGCUGCAAUUGGUGUACCAGUACAGGCCCAGUUGGCAAUGGUUCCUAAACACUUACGGCGGCGGGGCGGGGGGCGUGGUGAGCAACUUCGCGCUGCUCGACCAGAUCGCCGCCCUUAACUGGGUCGCGGAGAACAUCAAUCAGUUCAAUGGCGACCCCUCAAGAGUGACGCUCUUCGGCAGGGACACAGGAGCGGCUUGCAUCUCGUUCCUGAUGGAGAGCCCCAUUGUGCCCCCAGGGCUGUUCCACCGUGUUGUCAUGCUGUCGGGGUGGUCGCGAUGCCCUUGGUCGUGGGUGACGGCCCCGUUGAGCGUCACGCUGCGCCUGGCCAUGGCCGCCGAUUGCCCCGUGCCUGACGACCCCGCGUCGGCCCACCCACGAACUGUGGCAUGUCUACGGGCGGCGCCACUAGAGGCCCUCAUGUCGGCGGCGCGGAAGGUUGAGUCCCCGGCGUUCAUCCCAGCGUGGGGGCCAAGCGAGGAUGGCGUGGUGGUCGCGGGAGCCCGGCGGGGUUCGUCGAUGGGGCGGCAGCGCGUCGAGGUCGUCAUCGGUUACACGCCGUGGGAGGCGUGGUCGUGGCUGGGCCAGAGCCUGGUCGAGAAGGGCGUCGACAACGUGAUCUUUGAACGGGUGGCGAGGACGUGGGUGCGCAACACGCGCCAUCACCACCUGCGCGAGGUGCUGGCGGCGGCGCUGCAGGAGUACACGGACUGGACGGCCGUCACGCCAAGCCCGGAGGAAAGGCGGAACCUCCUGCUGCACCUGCUGGGCGACGCGGGCGUGGUGGCGCCCCUACACCAGGCGGCCGACCACCUUUCGCGGCACACCAAGGUGUUCAUGUUCCUGUGUGACCUCGGGAACAGGCUCGACGGCCAGUUGCAAGUUCCCGGAUGGGAGCUGGGCCUGAUGUGGGGCACGGGGCUCAGUGACGUCACACGGUCCCCUGGGGCGCCGACGCCCCCCCUCAAGGCCCUCCCGCUCACGCAGCUCUCCGAGGACGUCAUCACGCUGCUCACCAACUUCGCCAAGUCAGG